GUCGCUUAUUUCGGAAAAGGAAAUCCAACACAUGUAGCAAGGAGGAGAGGGUUUGAUACUUCUGAUUUCCAUCAUUCUGGAUAUCACUACGAUAAAGCCACCUUUCGGGUAUAGCGAAUAGGACCAAUGCUUACUCCUCUUCUAGCUCGGAAGUAUCGUCCUUAAACUGGCAGCGAAGCCACCACCACGACUUCUCUGGCUGACUGACGUGUGGUGGGAAGAACAGUAGAAAGAUCAUAUCCAGCCCAGCAACCGUCGGUACUCUGUGUCAAGUAAGACAAUGGAGCUCUUACAGCCUUGACCGGGUGCCGUCGGAUCUUUGUCGCCAAGACAGUAGGUGCUUUUAUGCUCUUUCGCCGCACCUCAGUAGCUCCAACAAGACUCGUCCAUGAAGGAAAAACAUUUCAAGGAUAGAAGGGAGUCGAAGGCUUGUACAUCCGUCGUCCUUGAAUAUCUGAAUCUUGAUGCAUCGAUGUCUCCAUAUUUCCUCACUCCAUUCACAUGAUCGCUUGUCCGGUUUCGUGCGUGGCAAGAUCAGAAAAGAAGCGUAUACAUACCCGCGACGUCGUCUAAUUCAUGAGGCACAUUCUCUUCGGCCUCGCCGCCGCUAGUCCUUUCUUUCCCCUCAACCAUUCUACUUACUAGGUCUCCUUUGUAAUAAUGUCUUCCUCCACAGAUUCCGAUAUUGCGCUGGAGCAGAAAGGUGCUUUAAAGACACCUACUUCAACGACUGUCUCGGAGAGUGUAGAUCCACCUCCUGAAGGCGGAGCGAAGGCAUGGAUGACUAUCGUCGGAGGAUGGCUUGCCGUCUUCGCGACGUUUGGUUACAUGAAUGCCUUCGGUGUGUACCAGGAUUUGUACACCCGUGAGGGGGCGGCCUCAGCGUCGCGAAUUAGUUGGAUCGGCUCGACCCAGCUAUUCUUCUUGAUCGCCAUGGGCUUGCCUGCAGGGAAGCUGUUCGACAUGGGCUACUUCAGGUCGACAGUUAUCGUCGGCACGGUUCUCUACGUCUUCUCGAUGUUCAUGUUAUCUUUGGCACACCCUGACAAGUAUUACCAACUUUUCUUGUCACAAGGUGUCGGAAUGGGUAUUGGUUCGGGAUUGCUGUACAUGCCUGCCAUGGCCGUUCAAUCGCACCAUUGGCAAAAACGGCGUCCUCUUGCAAUGGGUAUCGUCAUUUCCGGUUCGUCAGCGGGGGGAAUCGCGUACCCCAUCAUGCUCAACCAGUUGCUGCACCAUAGCGACAUCGGGUUUGGAUGGAGUGUUCGCGCCUCCGCUUUCUUGACACUGGGUGUUUUGGUUCUCGCAUGUAUUUUGAUGAUUCCCGGACCUCCUAAACCGAAGACUCAAGUACCGAGCUUGAAGACUCUUGUCACGGACACACCGUACAUUUUGACCGUGGUUGGCGUGUUGUGUUGCAUGCUGGGAUUGUUCUUCCCAUACUUCUAUUUGCAACUCUACGCUAUCCUGCAUGGGGUCAAUUCCACACUCGCGUUCUACACGCUCGCGAUUCUGAACGGCGCAUCUGUGUUCGGUCGCACACUUCCAAACAUGCUUGCAGAGAAGAUAGGGCUCUUCAAUACGCUUGUGCCUAUCACCGCAGGGACUGGCGUUCUGAUCAUCGCCAUGUUCGGUGUAAAGGAUGCCGCAGGCACCGUAGUCCUGGCAGUCCUUUACGGGUUCUUUUCUGGAGCGUUCCUGUCUUUGCUCGGCCCCACUGCGGCUGCCCUCUCGAACGAUGCAAGUGAGAUCGGUGUGCGAAUGGGCUUCGCGUUCUUCGUUGCGGCAUUUGGGGCACUUGUAGGGACACCUGUUGACGGAAGGCUUCUCGGGUCAACGUUUGACUGGUCGAAGGCCAUCGUCUUCAGUGCGGUGACCACCUUUGGUGGCGCAGCGUUGAUCGGCGCUGGCAGGAUGUUCUUCGCGAAGCGCAAGGCGUCCCAAGUUGUGUAAACCUGGCGGAAGAAGCAUUCGAUGACCUCACGCACUACGCACAACUGCAUAUGACCCCCCUGCACGUGAAGAAGAUGUGCAAUGACCCUACCCUCGGUUAACUUAUUACUUAUUGGUUCCGAAAAGUACGAUUUUGUCGGUGUUGCACGUUGACUACGACGGCGACGCUUUGUAUUACCAUAUCUCUGUAGACCAACGACGGAUAACAACUUACUUACUCUUUACUGAAUACCCUGGAUAUCUGCCCAUGUCUCUGUGAUUUGCGAUUUUGUCUCUGGCGUCCCAUAUGUACACUGGUACAGGGACCGUGCCGAGAAACGUCGAUGUCAUUCUUUGUAGUGAAGUUGCCAGUUAUCCGUCUAUACGUUCUUUCUAUUUAUUUGGACAAUACAUACGCUUUUGCUGAGU